AUGACUGACGACGUGCGCAAAACUGGUGAUUUGCAGAAAACAAUUUCUAUUGCACUCCUGGUAGCAGGAGAGCCACCAAAGAAGACAGCGGAGAAAAUUGGCGGUGGUUUCGACAUCAUGUUCCGAAACACGCUGGCCGAAGCACUGUCAAAGAUUCCCCGGCAUGAGUGGCACCCAAAGGUGUCCCUGCAUAUCCAGGCAUUCAAUGUCCAGGAAGCUGAGUUCCCGGAUCUUGCACAGCUGGAUGACGGCUUGUGGGAUGCUAUUAUAGUAACUGGGAGUGCCAACUCAGCCCUUGAUGAAAACGUUGUGUGGAUCGAAGUGCUCAGCAAGUACUUGGUGCACCUCGUCCAUGAGCACCCGUUGGUCCGAAUUAUAGGCGUAGGCUUUGGUCAUCAACUAAUUGCCCGAGCCUUCGGCGGCCAGGUGGUGCAUGACCAGGCGCAUGCUGAGCUCGGCGUUACACAAUUCCAUCUCACAGAGGAAGGGACCAAUCUCUUGUCGCCCUUUGACAGAGAUACGGAAUGGGGACUUGAACAAGUUCACAUUGACCGCGUGGCACAAAUGCCUCCGCCCGUGGAAGGAGACCCAUGGAUUUGCAUUGGCGGCAACGAGGCAUGUGAAAUUCAAGGAAUGGUGCUGCAUUACCCGUCCGAAGCACCGCCACUACCGUCUACAGUCAAAACUUCAUCGCCACCCUGA